ACACAUAUCUAUGGUAAUGACAAAUCUUUCAACUUUUUCUGUUUUUCAAUGUUUCUACAUUUGAUUGUGAGUCCAUUUUCAAUAAGUAAGGAAAAAAAAAACAUUUGUCGUCACAAUUUAUUAAAGUUAAAGUUUUGUAAAAAUAUUUAACAUGACUUACAUACCUAACUGGGAAGAGUUCGAAAAGUCAGCAGAGAUGUUAUAUUUGCGUGAUCCUCUAAACACUCGAUACAGUUUAAAAUAUUCACAUUCUAAAGGAUUAUUUUUGGUGAAAAUUACCGACAACAAGAAGUGUCUCCAGUACAAAACUGAAGUUCAGCAAGAUGUAAGAAAAAUAGAUAAAUUCAUAUCAGAUUUAAUACGGCAUAUGGCAUCAAAUGAUAAUUAAAAUUUUAUAAUAACAAUAUACAUUGG